ACCAGCGUGAAGGCGGCACGGCGCGCGCUGGUGUUUGGAUCUUUCCUUUCCUCGCGGACCUUCAUCCAGAAUCCAAAUCGGUUUGUGUGUAAAUAGUUUUGCGUUAAACUGAAACCAGUUUACCAAUUUUCUGCGAAGAGGAAGCAGGAAUCCCUUCUCUGGACUUCCACAUUGAGUCUUUGGGACUAAAAUAAUCCUUCCCUUAAAAUCAUAAACACGUGGUGAGAAUUAGUUCAGUUUAGUGGUUUAAAGACCAAACAGGGUUUCCUCCUGCGCCCCCCCACCCCUCCACCCCCCAAACCAGUUCAGGAUAAGAAGCUCCGCAGGAUUCCUCCCAGUAUUCCCACUCUGACAGCCAACCUGCUCACUUGUUGGACUGACUUUCUGGAGAGCUUCCGCCCUGAACAACGACGCGUUUAUGGAUCGCUGCGCACAGAGGAGCGCCUGGAGUUGUAGACUCUGCAGUUCUGCGUCGAUCAUGUCGAUCUUCCGCUAUUUCUCACUUCUAUAAUCCAAAAAUAUUAAGUCAUUGUUAAAGCGACUUGGUUCAGCUCUGACCGCUGACCCUCAGUGGAAAGCUUCUCUGUUUUCCUCCCAGAAGACAAGACGGAUCUCCAGCGCGCGCUCCGACUUCUUCUCUGAGUAAAACGCAGCGCUUCGGAGGAAAGGGGGAGCAUGGCAAUGGUAGUAAACCAGUGGCCAGAGAACAUUUCUGCAGACCCGGGCUCUCAGCUGCAGAUGUGCGGCCAGGAGCCCGGCGGGGGACCGGGGACUCCUAACGGUUCCACCCCGGGGAACGACGCGCUUUCCGGGGACAAGCUCCCCAACGUGGACUGCAUGGUGUGCGGGGACAAGUCCAGCGGGAAGCACUACGGCCAGUUCACCUGCGAGGGAUGCAAAAGCUUCUUCAAGCGCUCGGUGAGGCGGAACCUGACUUACACCUGCAGGGGGAACCGAGACUGUCCCAUCGACCAGCACCACCGGAACCAGUGCCAGUUCUGCCGGCUGAAGAAGUGUCUCAAAGUCGGCAUGAGAAGAGAAGCUGUACAGAGAGGACGUACAUCGAACUCCCAGAGCAGUCCGGGGCAGUACCUGACCAACGGCACCGACCCGUACAACAGUCAGCCUUACCUAUCCGGGUUCAUCUCCCUGCUGCUGCGUGCCGAGCCCUACCCCACGUCCCGCUACGGAGCGCAAUGCAUGCAGGGAAACAACCUGAUGGGCAUCGAGAACAUCUGCGAGCUGGCGGCUCGGCUCCUGUUCAGCGCCGUGGAGUGGGCCAAGAACAUCCCCUUCUUCCCCGACCUGCAGCUCAUGGAUCAGGUGGCGCUGUUACGGAUGUCAUGGAGUGAGCUCUUCGUCCUUAACGCCGCCCAGUGCUCAAUGCCGCUCCAUGUGGCGCCUCUGCUGGCAGCAGCCGGCCUGCACGCCUCGCCCAUGUCCGCCGAGCGCGUCGUGGCGUUCAUGGACCACAUCCGCGUCUUCCAGGAGCAGGUGGAGAAGCUGAAAGCCCUGCAGGUCGACACGGCUGAAUAUUCCUGCCUCAAAUCCAUCGUGCUCUUCACUUCAGAUGCGAUGGGUUUAUCAGAUGUCGCCCACGUCGAAAGCAUCCAAGAGAAGUCCCAGUGUGCUCUGGAGGAAUACGUGCGGAACCAGUACCCGAGCCAGCCCAACCGAUUCGGACGCCUCCUCCUCCGCCUGCCCUCUCUGCGUAUUGUCUCCUCGCCGGUCAUCGAGCAGCUGUUUUUCGUGCGCCUGGUGGGCAAGACGCCUAUUGAGACAUUGCUGCGAGAUAUGCUGCUUUCAGGCUCCAGCUACAACUGGCCCUACAUGCCCACAGUGCAGCGCGAGCGGCCACUCUCCCUUCACUACAACGAGAACGGACCCUGAGGCUGAGUAACGGGAAGAAGCUCUCACCCUUCCCUCCAUCGUCCGAAGUCCACUUUUCAGCUUUCCAAGAGGAGGCGUCUUUCUCACCAUUCCACCCUUUAAGACUCUUGACAGCUACCAUCCCGGUUACACAACCCAACCAAUCAUUCUUCACUAUUGAUACCGUAGUUCAACAGCCUCUUGAAGUCCCUUCACUGAAAGGUGGGGUCUUGUUUUGACAGCUGGACAAGUUUAUGCACAGUUCACCAGCAGGUCUGUUGGACUCAAUUCAGGUGUCGGUCUCCAAACUGUGCAAACGUUUGCCUCAUUCUUGGUGCAAUGGCUGCCCCUACAGAACAUGGCUGAAUCUGAGCAGGGAUUUGGCCAUUCGAACUCUACAGCCAAGAGCACGAGGUCUGAGUAUAUAUUUACUGAAUUUUGAAAAAGCAAACCAGAAGCCAUUAAGAGAAGACAAAUGCCAAAAUGUCUUGAACUUUUGCAGAUGACGUUAUAUUGUGUUUUAUUUUAGCACUGUUUAUAUGGAGAGAAAACUCAUGAUUGUGUCCAUAUGUGUAGUAUAUCAUCGAUUCAUUGGCAUCUAAGGCAUCUUUGGGUUCACUGAAUUAAAAAAGCUCAGGUUUCUUGUGGGGA